AUGAUACCAGUAAAGAGUGCGUUAAACCACGGGAAAACUCUCUUGGCAAGUCGAAUACCCGUUGGAAAGAUUUAUGCCAAGAUCCCGUGUCGUAAUAAAACUUCAAUCCUAUGGAAUAGAAGAUUUAGUAAUGGUUCUGCAAUCUUUAAACAACAACAAAAAUUACAAAAUUUCGUGAAAAAUAGUAAUAAUGCUACAAAUGAUGAAAGACCCGUUAGUUCAACUGUAAUGAAAAUCAUGAUCUUGACAAGUGUUACAAUUGCUUUAGGUACUAUUUUCGCAUCGUUAGGUACUCAAAAACUUGAUCAUGAUGAAGAUGCUAAUGACGCUAUCGAUGGGAAAUCUACUAGUAAUUCGAGAAAGAUAAAAAUCUCAAACAAUAACUGGUUCUUGUUUUGUUAUUCUACUUUACCCUUAAACGCUGUAUCAAGGUUAUGGGGACAAUUUAAUAACUUGACAUUGCCAAUUUGGUUCAGACCUUGGGGUUACAGAUUCUAUUCAUACUUAUUCGGUGUAGAAUUGGAUGAAAUGGUAGAUGCAGAUCUAACACAUUAUACAAAUUUAUCAAACUUCUUCUAUCGUGGAAUAAAGCCAGAAGCAAGACCAAUAGAACAAGGUCAAGAUGUAAUCGUUUGUCCAAGUGACGGAAAAGUUUUACAACUGGGCAUUAUAAAUUCAGAAACUGGAGAAAUCGAACAAGUCAAAGGUAUGACUUAUUCAAUUAAAGAGUUUUUGGGAACCCAUUCCCACCCAUUAAUGUCCAAGAGUGAAUCAAGUUUAGAUUUAAAUCUGGAUUUUGCAAAGCAUAAAGAAUUUGCAAAGGCAAACGAUAUCGAAACAAUUGGUUCUGGAAACAACACCGAUAUCGAUAAUUCUUUGGAAUUCAAAAGUGAAGGUGAUAAAGCUUCAGAUGAUUCUAAACCAAGCGUAACAAAAACUAUGAAAUUACUAAGUGAACUUUCUCUACAUUAUCCUUCAUACAGUCUGUCAUCAAAGGAACCAAAGGAUACAGAACUUUACUUCGCUGUCAUCUAUUUGGCUCCAGGUGAUUAUCAUCAUUACCAUUCCCCCAUUGAUUGGGUGUGUAAGGUCCGUAGGCAUUUCCCAGGUGCUUUGUUUUCUGUAGCACCAUAUUUUCAACGUAACUUUCCUAAUUUGUUCGUUCUAAAUGAACGUGUAGCUUUAUUGGGACAUUGGAAACAUGGUUUCUUUAGUAUGACUCCCGUCGGUGCCACUAAUGUCGGUUCAAUUGUUUUAAAUUUUGAUAAAGAACUGGUUACCAAUACUAAGUCACAUAAACAUGUUCAACCAAAAACCUGUUAUGAAGCAACCUACAGAAAUUCAAGUAAGAUUUUAGGCGGUGUACCUUUAAUUAAAGGUGAAGAUAUGGGCGGUUUUCAACUAGGUAGUACUGUUGUUCUAUGCUUUGAAGCGCCAAGAUCGUUUGAAUAUAAAAUCAAUGUAGGUGACAAAGUCAAAAUGGGACAAGAAUUAGGUAGAGUUGAAUAA